AUGUUGGAAGGACAAGUGACUCAAAAUUCCACAAGGCAGCCAAGGCCGAGGGACCCGCUCAAACGCCAAGGCCCAGGGACCCGCUCAAACGCCAAGGCCCAGGGACCCGCUCAAACGCCAAGGCCCAGGGACCCGCUCAAACGCCAAGGCCCAGGGGCCCGCUCAAACGCCAAGGCCCAGGGGCCCGCUCAAACGCCAAGGCCCAGGGACCCGCUCAAGCGCCAAGGCCCAGGGACCCGCUCAAACGCCAAGGCCCAGGGGCCCGCUCAAACGCCAAGGCCCAGUGACCCGCUCAAACGCCAAGGCCCAGGGGCCCGCUCAAACGCCAAGGCCCAGGGGCCCGCUCAAACGCCAAGGCCCAGGGGCCCGCUCAAACGCCAAGGCCCAGGGACCCGCUCAAACGCCAAGGCCCAGGGGCCCGCUCAAACGCCAAGGUCCAGGGGCCCGCUCAAACGCCAAGGCCCAGGGACCCGCUCAAACGCCAAGGCCCAGGGGCCCGCUCAAGCGCCAAGGCCCAGGGACCCGCUCAAGCGCCAAGGCCCAGGGACCCGCUCAAACGCCAAGGCCCAGGGGCCCGCUCAAACGCCAAGGCCCAGGGACCCGCUCAAACGCCAAGGCCCAGGGGCCCGCUCAAACGCCAAGGCCCAGGGGCCCGCUCAAACGCCAAGGCCCAGGGGCCCGCUCAAACGCCAAGGCCCAGGGGCCCGCUCAAACGCCAAGGCCCAGGGGCCCGCUCAAACGCCAAGGCCCAGGGACCCGCUCAAACGCCUAGGCCCAGGGGCCCGCUCAAACGCCAAGGCCCAGGGGCCCGCUCAAACGCCAAGGCCCAGGGACCCGCUCAAACGCCAAGGCCCAGGGACCCGCUCAAACGCCAAGGCCCAGGGACCCGCUCAAACGCCAAGGCCCAGGGACCCGCUCAAGCGCCAAGGCCCAGGGACCCGCUCAAGCGCCAAGGCCCAGGGACCCGCUCAAGCGCCAAGGCCCAGGGGCCCGCUCAAGCACCAAGGCCCAGGGGCCCGCUCAAGCACCAAGGCCCAGGGGCCCGCUCAAGCACCAAGGCCCAGGGGCCCGCUCAAGCACCAAGGCCCAGGGGCCCGCUCAAGCACCAAGGCCCAGGGGCCCGCUCAAGCACCAAGGCCCAGGGGCCCGCUCAAGCACCAAGGCCCAGGGGCCCGCUCAAGCACCAAGGCCCAGGGGCCCGCUCAAGCACCAAGGCCCAGGGGCCCGCUCAAACACCAAGGCCCAGGGGCCCACUCAAGCACCAAGGCCCAGGGGCCCGCUCAAGCACCAAGGCCCAGGGGCCCGCUCAAGCACCAAGGCCCAGGGGCCCGCUCAAGCACCAAGGCCCAGGGGCCCACUCAAGUAGUUCGCCAAUCCACAGCAAAACUAAAAUAA